AUGCCUCCAAAGUCCGAACUCGUCGCCGCAGUCAUGGGCGACACCACACCAUUAAUCCAGACCAACCCCAAGAAGCACCCAAACCCGUCCAUUCCACGAACCACAACCACAAAAUCCUCCAACCCAGCCAAACCUGGAUCGCGAGCCCGACCAUCAAAGAAACUCUCCCUCCCACCGCCAUCCGAACUUGCCUCAGAUCCUACCCCAAAACCUCGCGUCCGCCAGAAAUCCAACCUACUACCCAAACAAAACUGGGACUCCACUGCCCCAAUCUCAAAAACCCCCACCCACCCCGUAAUGGCCAAAGGCGGAGUGAAAAAUAAAUCCUUACUCCAACAGAAACCCCUCGGGGAAAAGAAACAAGCUAUCCCAAAAACGACGGAACAACCAGACCAACAAAGUCGACAGGCUGGGUAUAUGAAAGAGAAAUUUACGGAACGAUGGAUGAGCGUGAAAACCCUACGAUUCAAAGAUGCGGAAAGGAGAGAGAAAGUUGUGGCGAGGAGGAAUGAUGAAACGGAAAGGAAAGGUUUGGAAGGACUGGGACGGAGAAAGGAAAACGAAAAAGAAGAACGGAAAACCUUCGAUUGGAAUGGGCUGACUCCCGAAAUUCAGAAACGUAUUAUUCGUCACUGGGUCGUCGAUCCGAGGUUUUUGAUUUGGCCCGAAAAAAGAAGCGGGAGAGAGCAACCUGAUCUUGGGCUUGUUUCUAGGGAGGUGAGAGAGCAGGUGCUGGAGGUUGUUUAUGGGGAGAAUGCGUUCGGAGUUUCCAUUAACAGCGCGAGGGCCGGGAGUGUGGGAAAGGAGGAUUGUUGGUUGAGUGGUUUGGCUGCGGUGCAGAAAUGGGCUACCGUGCUGGAUGAGAGGUGGUUUGGGAGGAUUCGGAAUUGGUGCUUUGAGUAUGAGGAUCCGAAGGGUGGUGGGGCGAAACUUUGGAGAGCUGGGUUUGAGGAUGGAGAGGAAGAAGAUGAGAGUUUUGUGGUUUCGGUGCAAUUCCCGGAACGAGGGAAUGAGCAAAGGGUCUCGUUUUCUGGGCCUACGGUUGAGAUUCAUCGGGCUGCUUGUUGUGUUUUGCCUGGGUCGGAGGAGUUUGGUCAGUGUGUGGUGCGGCAUACUCCGAUGAGAUUGAAUGGGUUGAUUAUUGGUGCCAUGGGUGAAGGUUGGAGGCUUCAGGCUGAUGCGCUUGAGGGUUUGGUUAAGUCUUUGAGGGAUCGGGAUUUGAUUGAGCUUGUGGCUGAGGCGAGGUGUGAGCCGGCGAUGGUUAAGAUGCGGAAGAGGCAUGGAGCGAUCAGUAUGUGAGCUCUGAGUCCUCGGACAAGCAUCGUCUCGCUCGAGGGUCGGAGGGAUUAUCGUGGCAGAUUCCAGGCUUUCUGCGCUGCGUGACCUCGACUUUCCUCACCAGCUGGAGCGGCACCUCGCGAAGAUCAACCAUCCCUUCUUGCUCUUGUCUAGCCAUGUACAUUAUUCCACUGCAUUCUGGGUAUCACAUCAAAUCAAAAGUUCAUUCUCAAUCCGUCCAAAGCUCUUCACCCGGCAACACCCUUCAAAGCAGCCUUAACCUCCCUCUUCUGCCUCUCCCGAUCCCAACCCUCCUCAUCGCACAUCUUCAGUAAUCUCCCAAUCACGACCGUCUCUCUUACACUCCCACUAUCAACCCAAACCUUUCCAUUCCUUCCCACAGCAACCUCAAAUUUCACCUUCUCUCCCACUUCGUCCAGAAUUCCGAUUCCG